CGGCGGCGGCUGCCCGUCCCCGCGGUCUCCGCCAUGGCGCCGGCCGGCCCGCCGGCCCGCCGCCCCUCGCCCAGCCUCGGUGGCCUCAGCCGAGCCGCGGCGCCGCCGCCAUGAGCUCGCGGCAGCCGGACGCUCCCGCGCUGGAGCAGGGCGGCGGGGCCCGCCCGGCCAAGAUGUCGCUGCCCAUCGGCGUGCCGCGGAGGGCUUUCAGCUACGACGACGCCCUGGAGGACACGGCGCCCAUGACGCCGCCGCCCGCCGACCUGUGCGCCAACGUCCUCUGGAAGCAGCCGGUCAUCCCCGAGCGCAAGUACCAGGAGCUCUCGAAGAUUGAGGAAGGGGAUGCUAACAUGAAUGCACCUGUCAUAACUCCUUCAUCAUCCACUGAAAGUGUGAACAAGGUACCUGUGGUGAAGGCCAAGGCCACUCACAUCAUCAUGAACUCUCUCAUUACAAAGCAGACUCAGGAGAGCAUUCAGCGCUUUGAGCAACAGGCUGGGCUGAGAGAUGCUGGCUACACUCCCCACAAAGGCCUCACUACUGAGGAGACCAAGUAUCACCGAGUGGCUGAGGCAGUCCACAAGCUAAAAAUGCAGAGUGGAGAGAUGACAAAAGAUGACAAACAGACUUCUUCUGCUCAGUCUACUCCAAGCAGCACUCCCCACUCCUCUCCCAAGCAUAAAAACAGGGGUUGGUUUAGUCAGGGAUCCUCUACUUCUAUCACUGGCCCGGACUUUGCCAUGGAAGCUGGUGGGGACAAAUUGCCAUCUGAAAGAUGGAGCUUUUUUGGGCCCAAAGCCAUCCAGAAAUUCACCAAUGAUCCAGGAGGAUUUACCAUCCAAUCCUAUAAGGGUGCCCAGAAGCCAUCCCCAAUGGAGCUGAUGCGUGCUCAGGCUACUAGGAUGCCAGAAGAUCCAGUCACCUUCAAGCCACCCAAAAUGGACAUUCCAGUCACAGAAGGGAGGAAGCAAUCUCAACGUUCCCAUAAUAUCAAACCUCGAGAUCUGAACGUGCUCACUCCUACUGGGUUCUAGGAAGAAUGCUUCUGGUGUCUUUAGCAGGCUCUGCUUCCCUGUCCCAUUGUGCUGCAGUAAAAUAGGAAAGUCUCCCUUCCAGCUCUUCAUCUCGGAAAAGGAAACAGUUGUGACUGUCCUAAAGCCAGUCGUGGAAAAACUCCUGCACUAGUACUAAAGCAAUGUAAACAAUCCUGUCUGUGGUAUUGCACCAGUUUGGUCUGCUAGGCUGCACUACAUGUGCUUUCUGGUACACUACACCACAGUAAGACCUUGAACCAUGUUUUGUGGGACAGGACUGCAUGUGGUGUCCAAGCAGGUUGGCUUGUCUACCUGUAGUCUGAUUGUCUUGUCCUGCUCAGUGCUGAAGUACCCUCAGGAGGACUGUGGUUCUGUCUGGCAUACACAGAACACCAGCAGAAAAUGACAAAAAUAAGCAAGGACUGAAAACUGGACUGUUAGCUGCCAGAAAGAAGUUGCUCUGGGAAUGUGGUGGGUCGGUUUUAAAUGUGGCACUCCCUUACUAUCCAGUGUGACCUCAGUUCAACACCUAGUAUUUCAUUCUUGGGAUUUUUUUUAAAGGAAAAGUGGAGCAGUGACCAUUCUAAGAUCCUCUUAUUAGAAAGGCAGGGAGCAGAAUCUAAUGGGGCUUGGCAGGAAGAAUUGCUUCUCUUCCAACUCUUCCUGUUCCUUCAAAAAGGUGGAAAUGACCAGAGCUGGUGUGGCUUGAACCAAGUAAUCUUCCUCUCUUGUUUCUUCAAAACAACACUGUCCUGCCUUCUAGACAACAGACUUACAGAUGUUCUGGCACUCUGGGUGCUGCUUGAUUUGGGUUUUUUUCUUAGCAUCUUGUAUGAAUCAUUUAGAAGUGUAUUAGACACCAGGGGCACCUCUCAAAUAGGGUGUUUUGUUUCAUCAGUGUUAAAUGUAUUUUGCAGGGCUGGGGGAGGACUGAGGGCAGAUCAAGGCUAAACAUUCCUCCCUGCUAUGAUACAGCUAUAUGUAACUUUUGGCCUAGUCAGAACCAGUUACUGGGAACAGUUAACACUUGCUUUUGUGAGAAGUGGGGGGUACUCCUGGCUACCAUCUAAUCCCUUACGCAUUAUAGGCAGUGUUGCUCUGUAAUCUUUGCCUGUCCUGUGGCAAACACAGGUCUCUUCUCUCUUGAUCUCAUUGUGUUGGAGAGCUCCCUCAGCCAGCAGCAGGUUAUCUGUAGUGGUGAGGUGGCAGCAGCAGCCUUGCAUCUGGUAUUGGAAGCUUCUGUGUUGGUGGGACUUUAUACAGAGGUUACUUAACAGCUGGUAAACAUUGAGCUCUGGGGUUUCUGCCUUCUCAAACCAAACAUUCCUCCCAGAGGGUGAGGCAGGGUUGGCUCACUUGUCUAGCUGCUGUCCCCUCUGAAGAAGCAAGUUUUGUGGCUCUGCUUCCUUUCAAGCUUCAAGAGCACUGCCAAUGAUGCAUUGUGUUGAAAGUUUCCCAUCCAACCAGGCAGUUUUCACUGUCACCACUCAUUUGCACCUUGGCAAUCAGCCUCUCAUUUGACAUUAAUUUAUUUGUUGUCUGUAUUCAUGUCUCUAAUGUGUAUGAUUUUUUUUUGUUUGUUACAAGAAAAUAAAAUCCUUGUGAAUGGA